CCUCUCGGUCAGACAUGUUGAGGUUACUCUUGAUCUUGGCAGUUUUGGGUGCUAACCAUGCAACCAAUAGGCCAAUAAUCGGUAUCAUUACUCAACCGAUGGAUAACACUGUGAACCAAUAUCAAUACGACACAUACAUUGCUGCGUCCUAUGUGAAAUUUCUGGAAUUGGCUGGAGCCAGAGUAAUGCCGAUUUGGUUGAACCAAACAACGGACUACUAUAGAAGAGUGGUGAAAUAUACUAAUGGAGUGCUCUUUCCUGGCGGUUCUGCUCCAUUCGAUACCCCAGGAGGCUAUGGUGAGGCAGCUAGAGAGAUAUACAAGCUCGCAGUAGAAGCAAACGACCAAGGCAUAUACUACCCCUUGUGGGGUACCUGUUUGGGCUUCGAAGUACUACCCUUCGCGGAAACGGGCAUUGAUCUCAGAGUAUCGUGCCUGAUGGAAGAAGUUGGAAUUCCUCUUGAUUUCGUUCCAGGUUUCAAGGAUAGCCGAAUGUACCAAGAAAUACCAGACCAUCUGGUGGACAUACUAGUGGAAGAAAAUGUUACCUUCAACUACCACGAACUAUGUUUCACACGUCAAUCGAUGUAUCAACAUGGCGCUUUAAAAUGGCGUACUCUAUCUACAAACAUCGACAGCAACGGCCUGAAUUUCAUCUCCUCCUUCGAACACGAAGACUACCCCUUUUAUGGGGUGCAGUUCCACCCUGAGAAGCCUAUUUUCGAGUUCAAAGAGGGUGUGGGCAUUCCCCAUACUGUGGAUAGCAUCCAGGUGGCGCAGUACUAUUCGAAUUUCUUCGUUAACGAGGCUAGGAAGAACGACAAUGCCUUUCCUAAUUCUACUGCUGCCGUCCAGUCACUCAUCUACAACUUCUGUGCUUCCUUUACGGCUGUGAAUAAUUCAUAUUAUUUCCAGUCCUAUGGUUUCCAUGAAAGUGAUUACAGUAAUCUGUUGAUCUGAUGAUUGAAUAAAAUAAAGCUACAGUCUUAUCUCUCUCUACACUCAUCAUUUUCCAAUUUUAUAUACUGUUCAUCAGAUAUAGAAAUUAUAGAUAUACUACUUAUAUUG